GGGAGCGUCGCUGCUUUCUUGCUGGCGCUCGCGUCCGUCGGCUCGGCUGGGAGAGGACGAAACAAAAGGAAGAAGUCCAUGCCCGGAUCAGCGAUGGUGGGCAUUCCGGGAGCUUCUCAGUUUGCUGGUGAGAAGAGAGUAUCAGUGAUGCCAGGAUCCCCUGUGGAAGUCAAGAUACAGUCAAGAUCUUCUCCAUCCAGUAUGCCACCAUUACCACCUGUCAACUCCAGUGGCCCCCGGCCUGUUUCGUUUACCCCAGCAGCAUUAUCUAAUGGGAUGAAUCAUUCUCCCCCAACUUUGAAUGGAGCCCCUUCACCUCCCCAGAGGUUCAGCAAUGGUCCUGCGUCAUCUUCCUCAUCUUCACUGACGAAUCAACAGCUCCCAGCUACCUGUGGGGCUCGCCAGCUGAGCAAACUGAAACGCUUUCUUACCACCCUUCAACAGUUUGGCAAUGAUAUUUCACCAGAAAUUGGAGAAAAGGUCCGGACUCUUGUUUUGGCAUUAGUGAAUUCAACAGUGACAAUAGAGGAAUUUCAUUGCAAGCUUCAGGAGGCUACUAAUUUUCCUUUGCGUCCAUUUGUAAUCCCAUUCCUAAAGGCAAACCUUCCUCUCCUCCAGAGGGAAUUGUUGCACUGUGCUCGAGCAGCCAAGCAAACCCCUUCCCAGUACUUGGCCCAACAUGAGCAUAUUCUGCUGAAUACAAACACAGCCUCCCCAGCUGACUCUUCAGAAUUGCUAAUGGAAGUAAAUGGAAAUGGAAAGAGGCAUAGUCCAGACAGAAGGGAAGAGAAUAACUUUGAGAGAGAGCCAAUCCCUUCAGAGCCUCCUGCCAAAAGGGUUUGCACCAUUAGCCCAGCACCUCGGCACAGUCCAUCCCUCAUGUUGCCCAUCAUAAACGCAGCUGGGCAAUUUCACCCUACACCACCUCCUCUACAGCAUUAUACCCUAGAAGACAUUGCAACAUCCCAUUUGUAUAGAGAUGCAAGCAAGAUGCUGGAACACAGGGAUUUGCGAGAAAGACAUAGUAUAGGAUUAAAUGGAGGUUACCAGGAUGAACUGGUGGAUCAUCGCCUAACAGAAAGGGAAUGGGCUGAUGAAUGGAAGCAUCUGGAUCAUGCAUUGAAUUGUAUUAUGGAAAUGGUAGAAAAGACCAGGCGUUCCAUGGCUGUCCUCCGCCGUUGUCAAGAAGCUGACAGGGAAGAGCUCAAUUACUGGAAAAGACGAUGCAGUGAGCCCACUGAACCACGGAAAGGAGGGAGCGAUUCAGCCGUGCGUCAGCAUAGUCCUGCGAGCUCAGACACAAUCAACAGUGAAUCUCAGCGGGAGAGCAGUAGCAGGCCAGGAACAGCAGGUUAUGUCACAGAAGAGAUAUGGAAAAAGGCUGAAGAAGCUGUGAAUGAAGUCAAACGCCAGGCUAUGUCUGAAGUCCAAAAAGCAGUGGCAGAGGCUGAGCAGAAGGCAUUUGAAAUGAUCGCAUCAGAAAGGGCUAGAAUGGAGCAGACCAUUGCUGAUGCUAAACGCCAGGCUACUGAAGACGCUUUCCUAGUGAUUAAUGAGCAAGAAGAGUCUACAGAGAGCUGCUGGAAUUGUGGUCGCAAAGCCAGUGAGACAUGCAGCGGAUGUAACAUUGCUCGUUAUUGUGGCUCCUUCUGCCAGCACAAAGAUUGGGAGAGACAUCAUCGAAUCUGUGGGCAAGGCCUGCACAGCCAAGUUAAGCCAGUGUCCUUAUCAGCCAGUCGGUCUUCAGCUGCCACCCUCAAUGCAGUGGAUGGAAUAGCAAGUCCGGCUCUGGAAAAAACAUCCACAACCACGUCUCGAUCCUCCACUCCAGCCUCUGUAACAGCAGUAGAUACAAAUGCACUCUAAAAGGGAACUCUGCAUUCAAUACAUUUUGUUUGUUUGUUAUUUUGUACUUUGGAAAACAGAAACCUCAAUACAUGAUUCAAAAUUUAUAUUUCCGCACUUUGGACUUCAGGCAAUUUGUUGGGGAGGGCGGCUUUUUCCACAAUAUUACAGUGACAUUUUUAGAAAUCUAUGUUAGCCCUUCCAAUUUGGGAUCUCAGAAUGAUCUCAGUGGUUCCUGGAAUACGGAGAACUUUGUUUUAAUGGAACUUUCUCAAAAGAUACUCUGUGUUGAUAUAAUUUUAAGCUUCUAAUCUAGCAGAUUGUUCUCUCUUUUUAUC